GCUCAUCUCUGCUGUUCUUUCUUCCUCAACCCGAUGCACCUCUAGCCCAGGGCAGCCCUAACCCCACUUCCCUGCCCCCAAGACUCAGCAGCCCUCUGGGCUGAUGAAGUUGACAGAAGCUUAGAGCUGGUGCUCACUCCUUCGUCCCUCCAGCAUCAAGAAGUGCUGGGGGAAGAGCGGGAUCAGAAAUGGCACUGCCCAAGCUGGACCUGAUGGGGGGCUGCAACCUGCUUUAGCUGAGGACCAGGAGGGGGUGAGGGCUGGUGUGGGGGCAUACAGACUUUGGACAAACUCAUGCACUUGUGACUGGACAGAUCUGGGUUCUUCCAUCUCUCUGAACCCCACUCUGGGGAUGAGCCAUUUGCUGGGGAGUGAGCCAUUUGCUGUUUUUAGUCCUGACUUUUGGGAAUCUCUCCAGGUGGGCCAGUCUCAGGGAGCCUGAAAGGAGUAGACCCAGGCCCCCUCCCACAGUCUUAUCCUGGGACCCUCUAUGUAGAAUAGAACUGCUGCCCUGUGCCCUCCCACCUCAUUUUCCCUUCCCCCCACCUCUGAACUGGCCUCUCAGGUCCUGCCUUCUCAGCGCCCUUCCCGCCACCUGACAGGGUCUGGCUCAAGGUCACUGCAGUAAUUCCAUACCAGCUGCCCGAGGCUGCCACCACUACCACCACUGCUGCUACCACCACCUUAUCAGCUGCUGGGUUUCUGUUUCACUCCCUUUUAUUUCUGGGCAUAUUGUGUUCGAUAAAACCCUUUGCUUGUAACCCUGCUGGCAGCACUCCCAGCCGCUCCCUCCUGCGUUCCUUCCUCUCCUCCCCCACCUCCAUGCUCCAGCGGCCUCACCCAGUCCCCUCUUCCUCCAGCCUUGUCUCCACAAAUUCCAGGGGAGGGAGGUCAAGGCACCUCCUCAUCCCCCCAUCUCUCAGCUCCUACAGAGGUGUGCAGACCAGCAGAGAUGCCUCCUAAAAGUCCAGGCAGGGUCACUAGGCCCACCCUGAGGGCCCUCUCCAUUAAGGCUGGUGUCCCCGCUGAGGCCAAGCAGGAGGACCAGGGCAGCCAGGUCCAGCCCCAUGUGGAACCCAAGGAUGCAGCCGCCCUGCUGAGAGCACGGCGGCCCAUCCUUCAAGACCGUGACCUCGAGGCGGUGGCCCUCAGCCCUCCACCUCCGGCGGGGUCGAGGGCUGCCCACCUCCAAGUCCCCAGCCAUGACGACCUCCGCACUCCGGCGCCAGGUGAAGAACAUCGUGCACAACUACUCCGAGGCAGAGGUCAAGGUGCGCGAGGCCACCAGCAAUGACCCCUGGGGCCCGCCCAGCUCUCUCAUGUCAGAAAUUGCUGACCUGACCUUCAACACGGUGGCCUUUGCCGAGGUCAUGGGCAUGCUGUGGCGGAGGCUCAACGACAGUGGCAAGAACUGGCGGCACGUGUACAAGGCGCUGACGCUGCUGGACUACCUGCUCAAGACAGGCUCCGAGCGGGUGGCCCACCAGUGCCGAGAGAACCUGUACACCAUCCAGACGCUCAAGGACUUCCAGUAUAUUGACCGUGAUGGCAAGGACCAGGGUGUCAAUGUGAGAGAGAAGGUCAAGCAGGUGAUGACCCUCCUCAAGGACGAGGAGCGUCUGCGGCAGGAGCGAACCCAUGCCCUCAAGACCAAGGAACGCAUGGCGCUGGAGGGCAUGAGCAUCGGUAGCGGGCAGCUGGGCUUCAGCCGCCGUCACGGUGAGGACUACAGCCCCCGAGGUUCCCCGUCCUCCUAUAACUCCUCUUCCUCAUCCCCCCGCUACACCUCUGACCUGGAGCAGGCCCGGCCUCAGACGUCAGGAGAAGAGGAGCUACAGCUGCAGCUGGCCCUGGCCAUGAGCCGAGAGGAGGCUGAGAAGCCAGUUCCCCCAGCCUCCCACAGGGACGAGGACCUGCAGCUGCAGCUGGCUCUGCGCCUGAGCCGGCAGGAGCACAACAAGGAGGUGAGGUCCUGGCAGGGAGAUGACUCCCCCAUAGCCAAUGAUGCAGGGGCCACUGGCCGCCUACGGCAGGACAGAGAGCCUGAGAGAGAAGACAAAAAGGAGGAGAAGCUGAAAACCAGCCAGUCCUCCAUCCUGGACUUGGCCGACAUCUUCACACCUGCCCAGGCCCCGCCCUCCACACACUGCUCUGCUGACCCAUGGGACAUCCCAGGUCUUAGGCCAAACACAGAGGCUGGUGGUUCAUCCUGGGGGCCUUCUGCAGACCCCUGGUCUCCAGUCCUCUCGGGAAAUGUCCUGUCCCGAAGCCAGCCCUGGGACUUGACUCCUAUGCUCUCCUCCUCUGAACCCUGGGGCAGGACCCCAGUGCUGCCUGCUGGACCCCCAACCACAGACCCGUGGGCAUCAAACUCUCCCCACCACAAACUUCCAAGUGCUGGGGCUGACCCUUGGGCAGUCUCCAUGGACACCUCUGACACACCUGUUCUAGGUGGUACCUCGACCUUUGACCCAUUUGCCAAACCUCCAGAAUCCACAGAGACCAAGGAGGGGCUGGAGUGUGCCCAAGCCUCGCCUUCUGGGAAGCCCAGCAGCCCCGUGGAACUGGACCUGUUUGGAGAGCCCAGCCCCAGUUCUAAGCAAAAUGCCACGAAGGAGCCAGAUGCCUUUGACAUGGGAGUACUAGGGGAAGCACUAACGCAGCCCAGCAAGGAGAUCCGGGCGUGUGGGACUCCUGAGUCCUUCCUGGGCCCCUCGGCCUCUUCCUUGGUCAACCUUGACUCGUUGGUCAAGGCGCCCCAGGCUGCAAAGACUCGGAACCCCUUCCUGACAGGUCUCAGCGCUCCGUCCUCCACCAACCCGUUCAGCCCGGGAGAGCAGGGCAGGCCUACUCUGAACCAGAUGCGAACCGGGUCGCCGGCACCGGGCGGGCCCGUAGGGGCGCCCGUGGGCUCCAUGACCUACAGUGCCUCCCUGCCCCUUCCGCUCAGCAGCGUGCCGGCCGGCGUGACCCUCCCCGCCUCGGUCAGCGUCUUCCCCCAGGCCGGAGCCUUCGCGCCACCGCCCGCCGGCCUCCCGCAGCCCCUGCUGCCCACGUCUGGCUCCGCAGGGCCGCUGCGCCCGCCCUCUCAGCCCGGCACCAACCCGUUCCUCUGAGCGCCGCCCCGCCCCACGCCUGCUGGCGCAUGCGCGCUCCGCCUCCGGGCCCGAGCGGAGAAGUGGUGCGUGUUGAACUCUGAUACAAACUUCGGCGACCCGGCCCUGAGGCAGCUCCUGAAGCUAGAGCCUGGCGAUGACCUGGGAGCUGGAGACUGAACGCACCCUUAAUAAAGACCGACCCUCGCCCUCCGCUCUCACCAAGUGGACUUAUUGCGGGGCGUGGCUGCCGGGUCUGGACCACAACGAGGAUUACCGGCGGCCGAGGAAACUACUCCAUCUGGGUCCCCAAACUGCUCCUACGCCCUCUGUAGCUACUUUCAACUCUCCUCACCCUCAUCCCACAUCAGCGUGACACCUUCGCUUCCAGAUGCUCCUAGGUUCUCACCGAUUCGAGCAUUUCAUUUAUCACACUGGGGGUGACCUAACAGCAAGGGACAAUAGGCGUUUGGUCCCAUUUAUUGAACACUCGUGUGCUAAGCACUUUAAGCAGAUCAGUUCGUUUAAUCCUUGAAACGUCUCUCUGAGGUACAGAAUGUCGCUGUCACUCGGGAUCACCUGCAUAAUUACUGAGGCCCAGUACAAAAUGAAAAUGGGGGUGUCCUUGCGCCACCCUGGGUUAAGAAUUUCAAAACGGGGACAACAGAGCAUAAAAGCAAGCUCAAAGCCCCUCGAGGUGUUAACUGCGCAGGUUUCUCAUUCUGGCAGCCAACACUGCUCCCGUUUUGCAGGCAAGGACACCUGGGCUCAGAGAGGUUAAGUGGCAUGCUGGAAGUCAAAGCGGGCACUGAGAGAGGCUGGAACUCGAGAGUCAGACAGUCUGGCUCCAGGGCAGGAGCUCCAUAUUUAACUUAGCAAAUACAGAGUGACUGCUGUGACCAAAGUGCUGGGCUCACCUGGGAGGGAUCCAGGAAUUGCAAAACCCACAACCUCUAGGACCUCAGGGCUUAGCAGGGCAGGUGAGCCAGAGGCCUGCGGCAUGCGGUAGGUGCAGGAGCUCCUGUGUCUUACUGAAUCAUCUUAAAUCUAGCUUUACCCUCUCACCAGGGCUGGUAAGAAACUUGACCUUAGCCAAGGAAUCUGAUCCCUGUGUGGGGUCUGGGACACCAAGGCUAGGGGCAGGUUUGGUACAUCCAGGGGGCCGCUUUCCACAUAGUCACUCUCACUCCUUUUCUGGCCCUUGAUCACUGGACCACUGGACACUGAUGUGUCCUCAGUCUUAAGGUCUGGCUCUGCAAGCAGUCUACAGCCACCCCCAGCUUCCUUUUGGGGUGCUGUGGGCAAAUGGCUUUUCAUAGGCCAGAAAUGCCAAAUUCAGUGGGGUGGGCACAAUGCUAUUCUCCUUCCUGAGGUGGGGGUUGGAGAAGGUAGUCCCACAAUAGCAGACAGAAUAGACAAGAACACUGGCAUAGGGGUCAGACUGACAGUGUUCAAAACUCUGCUCCGAGGUUUGAACUUAAUAAUAGUAAUCACUUAAUAAUAAGUGGUUAUGAUCUCUGACCUUGAGUAAAUUAUUUAA